AUGUCGAUCACCCAGCCCGUCAAAGGCAAAACUGCCAUCGUUACUGGUGCAGGUUCAGGAAUCAAUCUCGCCUUUGCGACGUUACUGUUGGCCAAUGGCUGCAAUGUUCUUAUAGCAGAUCUUGCGUUACGGCCUGAAGCUCGGGUCGUAGUAGACAAAUACUCGAGUCGUUCAGGCUCCGCCAGAGCUGUCUUCCAGAAAACCAAUGUCACAGACUGGGCUCAACUAGAGCAGAUGUUUGCGGUGGCAGAGAGAGAGUUUGGAGAAAUUGACAUUGUUUGCCCUGGUGCGGGGGUUUAUGAAGAGCAUUGGAGCAACUUCUGGCGGCCGCCUGGAUCUCCGGAGAGUCGAGAUACGCCGCUAGGGGGCCGAUAUGCCUUACUCGAUAUCAACUUAACCCAUCCAAUCCGAGUGACUCAGCUAGCGAUUUCACAUUUCUUGCGCCACCGAAAAUCCUCGAGUCGCAAGCAUAUCAUUCAUAUAUCUAGCAUUGCCGGUCAAAACCCAGCGCUGGCAGCUCCUAUUUAUGUUGCGACGAAGCAUGGCAUCAGUGGUUUAGUGCGAUCUUUGGGUAAAUUGGACGGUCAGUUUGGCAUACGAGUCACAGCCGUGGCGCCAGGCGUGAUUAAAACUCCGUUAUGGACAGAACACCCCGAGAAACUAAAGAUGAUCAAAGAAGGCCAAGAUGAAUGGGUCACUGCUGAAGAAGUUGGCGAGGUAAUGCUUGCCCUCAUUCAACAAGACGAGGUAAACGAGGUUAUCGGGGACCAUGGUGGACAGGGACCGCUGUUCCCUGUCCAGGGCGGGACCAUCUUGGAAGUUUCAAAGACUGUCCGUGUGGUGAAUGCAUUCAAUGACCCUGGCCCAGCAGGUCGGGCUGGAAAUACAGUCACUGACAUGAAGGCUGUAGAAAAUGAGAUCUAUAGCCUGUUGUCUGGGGAUGGCUGGGGGAAAGCCAAGCUAUGA